AUGGGAACUAGGAACAUAACGUGGGACAUCUGACCUUUUAUCUCAAUAUUGUUGUUGUCGCCAAGUAAGUUUUUUUGUGGUUGUUUAAUUAAGAGCCUGCUAAUGUUUAACCAUGUUUUCUGAUUACAGCUCCCCUGUUUGGCACCAAUUUGACCUUGGAUAUUAGGGAUUAGGCAAAUCGUGCUCCCUCCGUUCCCAAUUAGUUGGCACCGGCCAUUUUGCAAAAAAAAUCCUAUUAAUUUACGAAAUCAACAUGCAGUACACAUGUUCAAUUGAACGUGGACUGCGGGUUGAUUUCGAAAAACUACAGGUUUUUUUGCAAAAGUUCUGGCACAACGUGGACAGUAUGUCGAUUUCAGGAAAUAACAAGAGGUUUUCUUUUUUGCAAAAUUUCCAACGCCAAUUAAUUAGAAACAGUGGGAGUAAGUUUUUAAUGGCUUCUUAGUCCUUUCUCCUAUUAAUUCUUCGUUUCAUAUGAGGUCCAGAUGAAAUAAAGAAACACAUAGACACCACUGCAGCUAGCACAUCCCACUUCGAGCCAGCUUAAAUGUUUGAAAAUCUUACUUGGGUUCGCAGCCUCAGAAGGGCACAUCGGUAUACGUGAUUAAAAAUGAGGAUUCUUAUGGUACCCCUUACUGCUUAGGAGAGAGGAGCAGUAUAUAAAUCUCCACCCUUCAUUUGUGGAGACUGUCAUCGUCAGCAAGCCGCUCGUUGCCGUGGCCGCCAGCCAUAGCCUCUUUUAAUCCAGCGAGAGAAUUCUUAUUUUCUCCAAAUUACGACGUUCGAUUAGGGGAGACGACGGGGUGGGAGAGGAGACGGUGUCCCAAUUUCACCUUUUGGGUCGUGCAUAAACAGGGUAUAGCUCAGAACGAUGGAUCGCCAAAGCACCAUAGGACCAAGUGACCUGGAGCACAUGCUAUUAGAUGAAAGUGUAGAGCCGAGAGAGCUACCAUUAUCACUUCUAGAAAACAUCACAGGAGGAUUCUCUUGUGAUCAGGAAAUCGGCAGCGGUGGAUUUGCCGUGGUUUACAAGGGAACGCUUCCGAAUAGGUUGGUCGCUGUGAAGAAGUUGAUCAACUUGCAUGCUUAUGAGAAUAAGUUCACGCAAGAGGUUGGUUGUCUCACUAAAGCAAAGCACAAAAAUAUAGUGCGGUUUCUGGGAUACUGUGCUGACACGCAAGGACAAGUGAAAAACAUGGACAACAACUUUGUCCUGGCAGAAUUACGAGAACGAUUGCUAUGCUUUGAGUAUCUACCAGGAAGUCUUGAUGUGUACAUUAAAGAUAUAUCUAAUGGACUUCAAUGGAAAAAGUCCUACCAAAUAAUUAAGGGUAUCUGCGAGGGGUUACAUUACCUCCACGAGAACCACAUUGCUCAUCUAGAUAUGAAGCCUUCUAAUAUAUUGCUAGAUGAUAACAAGGAACCAAAAAUAGCUGAUUUUGGUCUCUCAAGGUGGUUUGGUGAAAACAAAACGCGGACUAUUACUUCAAGUUUAGUUGGAACACUCGGAUAUAUGGCACCAGAAUAUUUUAGUGGGGAAAUCACAUUAAAAUUUGAUAUUUUUAGUCUUGGCGUUAUAAUAUCAGAGAUACUGACAGGAAAGAAGCAUCAUGAUGAAAUUGACGAGGUAUUUGAAAGUUGGAGGAACAUGGUGGACAUAAGAGAAAAUCAGUUGGAACAAAUAAGAGUAUGCGCUGAGAUAGGAAAAGAGUGUAGGGACAAUAAUCCUAAGAGAAGGCCAUCUACACAGAAUAUACUCGACCGACUUGUCAAAAUGGAAAGGACGAGAUGGUCCACUGAAACUAGUGGGAGCACUUCAUCAGUAACGACCGCCGACAGAUUCUGCAAUGCAUCCCCAUGUCAGAGGCCAGUAUUCAAGGAGCAAAGACAUGAUUUGGGCGAUGGCAAGCACAUUAACAUCACCGGUUUGUUGGACUACUUCGUGGUUGUAGAUUUCAAGGCAACCUGCGAGAAGGGCUUGAUGUUCAAUCCACAAGAGAUCAUCGAGUUCUCAUCCGUUCUUGUCGAUCCUGUUACCGGCAACUCUGAAUCGCCCCCCUUCCACAGUUACCUGCGCCCACAAGAGCGCCCUGUGCUGACAGAUUUCUGCAGGGAGUACAAUGGCAUCCAGCAGACAGACGUCGACAAGGGCAUCGUGUUAGCUGAGGCACUGCCGAAGCAUGAGGCAUGGCUAAAGGAGGCGGAGACAAAGAAAGGAAGGGCCCUUCGCUUCGCCAUUGUCACAUGGGGAGACUGGGACUGCCGCAGCAUGCUGGACAGAGAGUGCCGGCACAAGGGUGUCGCCAGCCCUCAGUACUUCCACCAGUGGAUCGAUCUUAAGAUUCCUUUCAUGGACAAGUUUGGCAGAGAAUACAUACCGGGGUCUGCACUGAAGGCGCUCACGGAGGCCGGGCUGCUCUGGGAGGGCCGCCGCAACGGCGGGUUCUACAACGCGCACAACAAGGCGCGGCUUCUUGGGUUCCUGGUCCAGCAGGGCGUCCAGUUUAGCAUCACGAGCAAGUUGGAGCAGAAACCGGCGCCAAAACUGCUCUACUCUGUGCUGCAGGGGUGACCGAGCUAGCCGCAGAUAUAUAUAUUCUAUAGGCACCACAAUUCAACAGCUAGUAAUUAUAAGCGUCUUUGUUUCCUUCAGAAAUAAGCGCGGUCUUUGUACCAUGUAUAUCAGAAUUUUUUUCGCUGGUGCCAAUGAUAUAUAUGGAGUGUGCUUUAACUAAGAUAA